AUGUACACCAUUCCGCAAGUUGAAAUACAGUCGGAUGCAUUACAAGUAUUGAUUGAUGAGAGAGAACAUCCCAAUGAUGAGAGUAUAUGGCUUAGGUAUAAUGAUGAAUUGUUCGACUUGAAAGCAACCGGCAAAUCAUUUGUUAAUACAAAGUCGAAUAUAUUGAUUACACAAUCUUCUAAUAAAUCUACUAGCUUUCAAAUGAUGAGAUUUAAUGAUAAAUUUAGCCUUGUUUUCCCAAACAAUUAUCAUGGUUUGAAAAUCACUGAAAAUUACAAUUUCACAUCAAUUGCUACAUGCAAUGAUAAUAUUUUAAUAGGCACAGAUGAUGGAUCUGUGAUUAAGUUGCCAAUUCCCAUAUCGAUUCAUCCUUUGUUUCCGAUCAUAUCGCAGAAUAUACAUUUUGCAGAUAUCAUUAAAAUCCUAAGAUUUCCAAGUAACAAAGUGUUUUUAACAGUUGGCUUAGAUCUGCAAAUCAAACUGUGGUCAAAUGAGAAUAAAGACUCGGUUUUGAAGACUCCUGUACGGAUAUUGAAGAAUGAACAUUGUAGACGGAUUACUGAUGUUGGUAUGAUUGGUAGGGGAAGGAAUAUAGUAAGUUGCGGAUUAGACGGCAAGAUAAUUAUCUGGGAAAUGAGUAGUGCAUUGUCUGUUUGGAAGGCUAGUAGAAUAAAGGAUUUGAAUGACGGAUGUACAAGCCUAGAUAUCAUUCAAAGCGAGAACUAUGUACAGUCAAACAAAUCCAAUUGUUUCUUUGAUUGUGAAGGCAAAUUUAUCAUAGUUGGGCACCAAAGUGGGUUUGUGACUAUUUGGGAUUGUAGUGCAAGGUUGUUUAUGUUUGAACAUAAAGUUAGCAAUUUUGCAAUAUCUGAUAUCAAAUGUGUUGAUCAGGGACGAAUAAUAAUAGGUUUAAAUAAUGGUCAUGUUUUACUAUACCAGAUCGACUUAAAAGUGAGAACACUUGAAUUGAUAUGGGACACACAUGUUGAAGUGUCUGAUAACCUUAUUGUCGAUAUUAUUCACACGGAGGUUUACAAGGGCUCUGUGAUCGUAUUGAGUGAUAAUAAAUUGGUAAGAUUAAAUUUGAAAGAUGGUAAAUUAAGCGAUGUCUAUGUUGGAAUUGACGAAAAGAUCUUUCACUUUACAAUUUUGAAUGGCACUUUGAUCGUAGUUGGUAAAAGAAAUCUUAUUGUGUCUAUUAAUUUAUAA